UUAGUAACAUCAUCAAUAAAUUGCUGGAGGCCAAAAAUGAGUUCCACAAACAUGUGGAGUUCGACUUCCUUAUCAAGGGCCAGUUUCUGCGAAUGCCCUUGCUCAAACACAUGGAACUGGAAAACAUCUCAUCAGAAGAGGUUGUGGAAUUGGAAUAUGUGGAGAAGUAUACUGCCCCUCAGCCAGAGCAAUGCAUGUUCCAUGAUGACUGGAUCAGUUCUGUCCGAGGGGCAGAGGAAUGGAUCUUGACUGGUUCUUAUGAUAAGACUUCUUGGAUCUGGUCCUUGGAAGGGAAGUCAAUAAUGACAAUUGUGGGACAUACAGACGUUGUAAAAGAUGUGGCCUGGGUGAAAAAAGAUAGUUUGUCUUGCCUACUACUGAGUGCUUCUAUGGAUCAGACGAUUCUCUUAUGGGAGUGGAAUGUGGAGAGAAACAAAGUGAAAGCCCUGCACUGCUGCAGAGGCCAUGCCAGAAGUGCAGAUUCUAUAGCUGUUGACAGCAUGGGAACUAAGUUUUGCAGUGGCUCCUGGGAUAAGAUGCUAAAGAUCUGGUCUACAGUUCCUACAGAUGAAGAAGAUGAAAUGGAGGAAUCCACAAAUCGACCAAGAAAGAAACAGAAAACAGAGCAGUUGGGACUAACAAGGACUCCCAUAGUGACCCUCUCUGGCCACAAGGAAGCAGUUUCUUCGGUUCUAUGGUCAGAUGCUGAAGAAAUCUGCAGUGUAUCUUGGGACCACACAAUUAGGGUGUGGGAUGUAGAGUCUGGCAGUCUUAAGUCAACUUUGACAGGAAAUAAGGUGUUUAAUUGUAUCUCCUAUUCUCCACUUUGUAAACGUUUAGCAUCUGGAAGCACAGAUAGGCAUAUCAGACUGUGGGAUCCCCGAACUAAAGAUGGUUCUUUGGUGUCGCUGUCCCUAACCUCACAUACAGGCUGGGUCACGUCAUUAAAGUGGUCUCCUACCCAUGAGCAGCAACUGAUUUCAGGUUCUUUAGAUAAUAUCGUCAAACUGUGGGAUACAAGAAGUUGUAAAGCUCCUCUCUAUGAUCUGGCUGCUCAUGAAGACAAAGUUCUGAGUGUAGACUGGACAGACACUGGGUUACUUCUGAGUGGAGGAGCAGACAAUAAAUUGUAUUCCUACAGAUAUUCACCUACUACUUCUCAUGUGGGGGCAUGAAAGUGAAUGAUAAAUUUGACUACAGAGAUUGUUUCUGUAAAUGAAAUUGAUAAAGAAGCCUCAGAUUACAUCAGCGACGUUUCAGAAAGCAGCCUCUUUAAGUUUAUAUGAUGUUUUCACCCUUGAUAAUAGCUAUCACUGUCUAUUUCUUUAUUUUAUAUUUAUUAUACAAUAGUUUAUGUUGUUAAAAUUUAAAUGUGACCUGCUCUCUCUGCCAUAUGCAAACUCUUGAAAGUAAACUGAGUUUUUUUAUUUUCUUUUAUAGGUAUUGGUUUGAAUUAAGAUUUGCUUUUGAAAUGCUGUAAAAGCAUAUAUUAAAAAUAUAGUAAUUAUCCAGAUUUUUAUUUCUGAUGGGCAAACAAGU